AUGGGAAAAGUGAAGAAAAGUGUGGAAGCGGAUGCAUCGGCUUCAUCCUCGAAAUACGAUCCGGAAGCAAACUCGAAAGCGAUUAUGAUCAGACACAUCCCGUACGGAUUCUUCGAGAAGGAACUGAAAAGUUAUUUUUCACAGUUCGGCAAUAUUCGUCGAGUACGACUACCACGUAAUAGAAAGGUUUUGCAUUUUCACGAAAUUUUUUAA